AUGGAUCGUCGUUUACACGCUGUUCAAGAUCGUCUAGCCGAACAGUGUGCGCAAACGUUCAAAACUGUUCAAGGUUCAGUUUCUGCUGUUACAUCAUAUUUUCAAAAAGACGUGCCUCUCAAGCAUGAAACAGAUCAUGAAUCAUUACUUCAACGUGCAUUUGCGCUACAAUAUAAUGGGAAAAAAAUGAAAAAAUUAGAAAAAGAGUAUACGGUUAUUCGAAAAGAGGAACAAGAAGAACAAGUCGAAAUACGUAAACUACGAAAUGAAAAUCGAUUAUUGAAACAACGAGUCGAAAAUUUGGAGAAAGAAAGUGAGACUCUUGCCAAUCGAUUGAUAGAAGGUCAAGUACUGAAUGCUCAGUAUGCCGAAGAGUCGUAUCAAUUGAAACGAGAAAACAAUAGUUUAAAAAAGCAACUCGAAGACUUGGAUUGUAUGUUUAAAAAUACUCAAAUAGAUACCGAUCAAACAGAAAACAUCCAUACAUCCGAUUUUAUUGUUACAUCGAACCAUAACGAAGUAGAAGUCUUACGUGAAACAGUCAAUCGAUUAAGUACAGAAAAUCGUCGCCUACAAUCGACGCCGAAUUCCGAGAUCGCCGCACUACACGAGGAACUCACUCUAGUUAAAAUGCGUGACGCUGAAGCACAAGUGAAUUUAAAUGAACUUCGUCAACGUAUUGCCGAUUUGAAUCGUGAAUGGCAACUACAUGAUAGUUUAUGUAAAACAGCUCGUGAAACAGACAAUAGUCCACGCGAUGAUACAUAUGAUCUAAUCGCACAUGAAUUAAUCUCAUUGAAAAUGCGUGAAGCUCAAACUGAUUGCGACAAUAAAUUGCUUUCGCAGAAGAUUAUGGAUAUCGAAACUCAAAAACAAGUUUUACAUAACCAAAUCAAACGACAGGAUGAAGAAUCUCAACGAAUUCGAUUGGAAUUAGAUGAAUGUCGAAUACGUGAGAAUGAAUUGCGUAUCCAACUAGUGGAAUUGAAGAAUCAAAUGAAUGAUGGACUACUAAGACAAAAAGAAGAUUCAAUGAUGUUGCGUAUUCGCGAAGCAGAAAGUACUCAAACAAUCGGUGAUUUACGACAAAAGAUUGCAGAACUCGAGGUUCAAAAUCAAGAAUUAAUAACGCGUGGUCAAAUUAUGGAUGAUACCAACUUCCAAGAUAAAUUUGCUGAACUUCAAGAUGAGGCUAUUAAACUUGAAGUAAUGGAUCUUCGCUUAAUUCAAAGUCUACAACGUCGACAAUCAUUAUCUACUGAUCCAUUAACCCGAUUAGACUAUGAAGAAAGUGAAGACGAAAGUUUUCCAUCAUCUCCAUUGACGCUAUCCAAUCCUGGUAGCCACUGUUUAAGUUCCUCAUUGAAUAUCCAUUCAAAUUCAUUCACUGAACCUAAUCAUCUUCGACAAUCGACGUCAUCCUCCGCGAUCGAUCACGGCAAAGCACCAAACCCAACUUCAUCGACUGAACUUUCAUCUUCACAUCCGUCAUCAUCAUUAUCUACCGAUUGA